AUCCUGACUUCAGGCGACCUCGACCAUGUCUCCCCUGCCUUGUGAUCUUUCGCAUGAUCUGCGCCCCUUUUCCCCCUUGUUUUAGCGGAGUGAUUGCCGAUGAUGGGUGCAUGCAAGGCAAAGUUGAAAUCGCCGCGACUUGAAUCCAACACCAACGCCCUCGCUUCACUUUGCGCCGCCCAUCGUCACCUAUUUCUGGCGCAGGUGGUGGGUAGCCUUGACCAUCUCUGCUUGCCCUGCAUCCCAACUCUGAGCUUGACAUCUUCAUCUUCCUUGUCUAGCCACCCGCUCUUCAUCUCCACGCCCAACCCAUCGGACCCUCUUCCCACCGAGGCCCCUGUGGGCGCCCAAAGCCCUCUUUGUGCAGUGCAGCAAGGGCCGCCUCUUUCACCCUGCGUUGGUCCCUCCUUCCGACUUCUUCCCUUUCACCCCAUCUCACCCUACAACCAUGUCAGAUCAAAGUCGUCGCCCAACACCGAGGAUGCCUGCUGGCGCAUCCACCCUCUCCGAGCGCAUCGCCUCUCUACAACGCAAAGCCUCAGAGUCAGGGGCCGUAAGCGAGUCCAGUCGACCUACAUCGCCCCUGAUCAGGACUGGUCGAGUUGCAUCCGAGGCUGCAUCUCCACGCCAGAUGUCUUCACCUGCAUCCACAUCCAGCGACAUCUUUCCAAGAGGAUCAGUACCAGCAGCAGGCUCUUCGCAGGCCGUGAGGGAUAGGAUAGCUCGCUUCCAGCAAAAUGGCGGUGAUCCUCUCAUUCCACGGUCAAGCUUUGGCGCUCCUGCUCCGAACCCCGAGGAGAGGGGCAAGGCGCUACGGCCUUACCCUGCAGCAGGGGGAUGGGCCGGUGAUAGCCCAAGUCUGAGGCCACAGAUGACCGGCGGUUGGGGAGGAGGUAGUGCUGGUGGAGUAGGCAGGAGUCUGAUGCCUCAGGCUACCGGGCCCAUCACGUGGGCAGGUCAGCGCAGACAAGCAUCAAGCCCAGCCUCUGUCGGCCCUCACCAUUCCAUGAACCUUGCCUCCCAGCGUGAUGCCUUUGCAGACCUAGACGACGAGGAGACCACCUCAGUCUCUUCAUCCACCGGCUCACGACCCAUUAGCUCGCAUGCCACAGAGGUCGCAACGCAGGCAGCUGCCCUCAAAGGCAUAAGUCUAUCUUCCAAUUCAAGGAUGGCAAGGCAGGGCUCGACUAAUUCGACUUCUUCGAGCUCCAUAGGGGGAUUGCCUACGUUACCUGAUGUCCCCCCUGAGGAACUCUCGGCAGGGCAGAUGAACGGUCAUGGUGGCAGCCACGUUAGUCAUAGUCGGGUCCCCACAGCUGACGAUGAUUCGAGCGAUCUUCCCACUUUCCCCGUCCCUCCGAGCACUACCCCGAGCCUCAGCUCGACUACACUUGAAUCAGGCCAAGUCUCAAAUGGCAGCAUUGGUCAAGCAGAUGAUUCUCAGAUUGAGAUUGGCGUAGCCGGUAUAGCGCCAGAGGAGCUGGAAGCGGCUAAGAAAAGGGCUGAGACAGACGAUGGACGACAGGAGGAGUUGCAUGAGGAUACCCGGCCCACUCUGGAAGAAGCGCCGCUCAUCGUGCCACCAGCUGCCAUCAGCUCGCCCUCAAGUGCGAGCCUUCAAGCUGCAAAUAGAGAGGGACCGACUGAAGGACAGGCUCAUUCAGAGGAGAGGAGCGCUGCGACAUCGGAGCCAGUUGCUCCCACAAGCAGCCAGGGUCUUUUCGAAGGUCGGCCGGCUUCCAGCACCAAUGUGGCACACCUACGACAAGAGACUCCUGCCCCUCCUCUUUCACAAUCAGCGGUCGGCAAUGGCCUCGGGUCCUCACCCAGCCUUCGGAGCUCCCACACUCUCUCGUCUUCGACGAGCGAUGACGCGAUGCCCAGAACUCCUCCUUCGAGCUCCUCGAUUGCUAUGAGCAGCUCGACGAGCUCUUCAUCUUUUGCAGCUCAACAGGCUGCGCGAGAGGUGAUUGCUGCUGGGAGGAAGAAGAGCCUGGGUGGAGGUAUGACGCCGAGCAGUAGCGGAGAUGUGCGAUACGACACGCUGGGAAGGAAUGCGGACGAAACUGUCGAUGUCUCCCGGGGCGCUACGCCCGUCCCACCCAAGACCUCUGAGACAAAGCAUAGCAACGGACAUAGCUCAAGCCCGCGACCCUCAACCCCGCCAUUUGAAGCAGCAGCAGCGAGGAAAAUGCCACCGUCACCCGUCACCUCCUACAAAGUCACUCCCAUCCCAACCAGGACCUCCUCAAUGACCGGCUUCCCACACAGCAACGAGAAGAGUGCAGUUACGACUGCUGCUCCUGCCGCUUCCCCCACAACUACAACGAAGGCUGCGGCGAGGCCGAAGCGGACGGGUGGUGGGUCGAUUAGACGACCACCUCCGGGCAAGAUGCUCAAUCUGGCCGAUCUGGACGCUAGUGAUGAUGAGUAUGAGCCAGGAUGGGCGAAUGUGAUUAGCUCGACUCGAUGAGAGGCGGAAGAAGUGGGUGGAGAUGUAUAGGUGGAUGGAUGUACGAUGGCAGAGUUACCAAGCUGGAGAUUGGAGCAGACAAUAGAAGAGGAGAAGCAGAAGCAGGGACAGGGAUAAGGGUGGCUGCAGUCCGAUCCCUUUCCAUCUUCUCAUUACACUACUCGGUUUCCAGACCACAAUGAUACCUAUUCUCUUUC